AUGGUAGUAGAUGGUACAUUUUUAAAGACAAAAUGUGGAGGCACACUAUAUGCAGCUUGUGUUAAAGAUGGAAACAAUCGAAUUUUUCCGCUUGCCUUUGGAAUUGGGGAUUCAGAAAAUGACAAUGCAUGGAUAUGGGUUUUUAGAAGACUAAAAGAAGCAAUAGGAGAUCGAAAAGACUUGUGCAUAGUAUCUGACAAGCACAAAAGCAUCAAGAAUGAAAUUGAACAAGCCUAUCUUGGUCUAUACCAUGGAGUUUGUCUUUAUCAUUUGAGGAAAAAUCUAAGGACUAAGUUUAGGGGAUUACAUGUGCAUGGCAUAUUCGAAAUUGCUUCAAAAGCCUACUCAGCUCAAGAAUAUCAUUCUGCCAUGGCUGAGUUUCAAAAUAUUAACUCUAAAAUGACUGCUUAUUUUUUGCAAGCAAAACCAGAAAGAUGGGCUCGACCAUUCUUUCCAACGAAAAUGUAUGACAUUCUUACAAGUAACAUUGUUGAGUCUAUAAAUGCAACAAUUGUGCAUGCAAGAGAAUUGUCUAUAACCUCAUUAAUAGAAGUUGUGAGAGAGAUGCUUCAAAGAUGGUUUUCAAUAAGAAAACAAGCAACAAUCAGCCAAUUUAUUGAAGUGACAAAAUGGGCAAAUGAUGAAAUGGAGAUAAAACUUGAUGUAGAUGCAAUUGAUGCAAUGAAAUCUCGAGUCACAUAUGGUGAUCGAGUGUUUGUUGUUGACAUGGAACAAAACAUGUGCACAUGUCAUGAAUUUCAACUAGAGGGAAUUCCAUGUGCACAUAUUAUCGCAUCAAUUGAAAGCAAGUUUCGGCCAACUCUUAAUCUAGGGUUCAUGAUGUUUUGUGUGUAUAUUAAUAAGUAUAUUUAUGAGGUUGAAUGUUUGGAUAUGUAUAGUAAGAUGCCUCUCAUUUUGAAAACUAUUAAGAAACAACUACUUAAGGAAAUUCGUGCAAUACCCAUGGUCUAG